UGGAAAUAAAAUUUGUCGGAAUUUUCAAAAUAACAUUUUAAUUAAUUAAAAUAUCCGAACUUGGUGCUCUUUAUGGAUUGUUUUCCAAUAAAAAUAAAUAUAAUUCGAAAUUCCAAAUGUUUAAAAAUAACAUUCAAAAUAUGUUGUUGCUAUUUUUCAUUAAAUUGCAAUUGGAUAAAAAAACUAAAAGAAUGGAAUACAAAGUUGCUGUUAAAGAGAAAAAAUUUAGAUUUAUAUAAUAUUCAGUAUAAAUCACAGCAAUUUGAAAGAGAUAGUCCUCACAAUAAUGAUUUUGUAGAAUUUCCUUCAAACGACAUUCAAAAUAAAUUAAAUUUAAUAUUAAGGCGUCCAUCAAUUUUCGUUCUUGUUGAAAGCGAAAAAGUUUUAAUAUGGAAAUUUAGAAAUUAUUUGAAAUAUAAAAAAAAUUCAAUUACAAAACUUUUAAAAUCAGUCGAUUGGGAAAAUAAAUCGGAUAGUAUCGAAGCUUUAAGAAUAUUAUACCAUUGGAAAUCUUUAAAUUUAGAUGAAUGUGUUGAGCUUCUCAAUCAUAAUUUUAAAAGUUCUGAAAUAAAAUUAUAUUUGUUAAAAAAAUUGAAAAAAUUUACAGAUAAACAACUUCUACUAUAUUUACCACAAUUAAUCCAAUCAAUUAAGUAUGAUAUUUACGAAAAAAGAGUGUAUCUUGGAUUAAUUAAUUUCUUAAUUCAAAGAGCAUGUGGCAAUUAUAUAUUAGCAAAUUAUUUUUAUUGGCAUUUAAUAGUUGAAACAGGAAAUGUUCACAAUAAGCACAACCGUAUAUACAAAUUCGUUUUAGAAAAUUUUUUAAUGCAUCUUGAAUCCGAUAAAUUACAUCAAAAUUUAAUAUUUAAAAAUAUAAUUAUGCAACAAAAAUUAAUAACAAAUUUACAAAUAAUUUGUAAAACUCUUAUUAGAGAAAAUGGCAGUCGAAAUAAAAAAAUUGAAAUAUUCAGGUAUUUGUUAAAUUAUUAUGAUUUGAAAAUAUUUCCUGAAACACCACAUCCGUUGAAUCCAGAGAUUUUAAUUCAUGGAAUUGAUGAAAAUAUUGAAAUUUAUAAAAGUGUAUCUAUGCCAAUUAAAUUAAUUUUUAAUACAAAAUCAGUUCAAAGUGGUAAAUAUAUGACAAUAUUUAAGAAAGCAGAAGAUUUAAGACAAAAUCAAUUAAUAUCACAUUUAAUAAAAUUCAUUAAUUUUAUUUUAUUAAACAAUAAUAUUGAUUUAAAGCUAACACCAUAUGAAAUUUUAGUAACUGGUACUAAUUUUGGAUUUUUAGAAUUUAUUGAUGCAUCUACAAUUGCAGAAGUAUUAGCUUAUAAUAAUACAAUUCGAACUUAUUUACGUUAUUAUAAUCCAUCAAAAUCUGGACCAUUUGGAAUACAAGCUAAUGUUAUAAAGAAUUUUGUUAAAAGUUGUGCUGGUUAUUGUGUUAUAACAUAUCUAUUGGGUUUGGGUGAUCGUCAUUUUGAUAAUUUAUUGUUAACUAAAGAUGGUAAAUUAUUUCAUAUUGAUUUUAGUUAUAUUUUGGGUAAAGAUCCUAAACCUAUGGCACCACCAAUUAAAUUUACAAAAGAAAUGAUUGAAGCAAUGGGUGGUAUUGAAUCAAAAUAUUAUAUGAAAUUUCGAAACUAUUGUUUUAUAUGCUUGCUGUGUUUAAGACGUCAUGCAAAUAAUAUUUUAAAUACUUUUGAUCAAUUAUCAGAAUCGUUUUUAUCAAAUUUCCCAUUAAGAGAACGUAAAAAAAGUGUAUUGAUUUUGGCUGAAAAUUUUAAAUUAUAUUUGACGGAUGAACAAGUUAUUGAAGAAUUUGAUAAAUUACUUAAUAUAUCAGUUAGUGCAGUAUUUCCGGCACUUAUGGAAUCUGUACAUAAAUUAGCGCAAUAUUUAAGAAGAUAAAAUAUUUAGCUACAUGUAUAUAUAUAUGUAGAAAUAUUUUUAUUUAAUAAAAUCUUAUGAAAUUAUUAUGAAUCUUA